AUGGAAACUUAUCAUGGCUAUGUGCGGACCCCCGCCGAUGCAAUCAAGCUAUUCGAGGCUUGCCGAUUAGGUCUCCUCCCCCGAGUCCAACGAAGGCUAUCAGAGAAGGAGCGACAGUCUAUCAGAUCCGGCUCAGUAUUCGUCUGGGAUGAACGAGAGGCUGGCAUGAGGAGAUGGACUGACGGCAAGUCCUGGAGCGCCAGCAGAGUAUCCGGCAGCUUCCUCACUUACCGGGAGAUGGAGGGCAAACGCGGUAGCGGCUUCGGCAACGGUCGUAGGGGCGCUACCAAGACUCCCGAUUCGGGUCGAGGCAGUGACGAAGACCAGGAGAACGGCGAGCCUGAAGGUUACCGAUACAAAGCCGACGGUCUCAUGAAGCAGUCAUUCAGCAUCACGACAUCAGCUGGCCAACAUCUCCACCUCAUCUCCUAUUACUCCAGGCCGCAACCUGGUUCGCCAGACCUCCUUCAGCCCAGUACCGAUUCUCAACUGCGCAAUAUCACACCAGUCAAGGGAAUGUACCCCGAAUCCAGCCUCCAUGACAGCAACCCAACCCCUGCCUUGACCCGGGCACCUAUGGUCUCUCAGCAUUCGCCGUAUAUGGUUCCUCAGCAUGCUCCGCAGGGCCUGCCUCCUCAGCCAUACGCCUCCCAAUACGCACAGCAUUCACAAGGCUAUGCCUGGCCACCCUCGCCCGUUGCUACGCCGCCUUAUAGUCAUCAUUACACUGCAACUCCUUACUCUCAGCAUCCGCAACAAACACCAGCAGGCGCUCAAGCCCUGCCGCCUCCACAUUCUCUGACAGGACACCCUCAUGCGGCUGCCCAUGGUCAUUAUUCGCAGCAUCCGCCACAGUCAGAGCGGACAGCCCUACCACCGCUCAACUCACAUCAGAAGCCCCUCGCUCCGUCGCCUUAUCAGUCACAGCAGCAGUCACCGCGUAUCUCACAUGCUCAGCACAGUCAUCGGCUAGACGGCUCGCCGCGACUUGCGCAUCUUCAGGCGCAGGCGGCGCAAGCUGUUGGCAUUGACCCGGCGGGGAGCCACUCUAGUCUUCGCAACUCGAAUACUCUUCCUGCUGUCAAACAUGAUGGCACAUAUCCUCCGACUUAUACGCCCCCAAACCGAGCUCUUUCCAUUUCACCGCCUCGCAGCUCACACUCGGACAGCCAUGGCAAUAACGGCGUCUCUGUCUCACACAGCAAUAAAGCCAGCCUCUCAGCGCUCCUCCAUCCCGCACCGGCCGGCAUUGAUACGGCUGGUGCUCUCCCUCAUGCAGUGACUGGAGCAGGUAGCCCUAAUGGUUCUCCUCGCACUAUACCGGCACCAUCAGAGCGACCGGGCGGCAUGAGCCACGACGCCAAGGCGCUACAAAUGUUGGACAGGAAGUUCUGCAUCUAG